AUGAAGCUUUCUUUCAAUUUGAUUGUUGCCGCUGUGGCUAUAUCAGGCGCUUCUGCCUACUCGGUGCCCAGCCGUUCUUCUCUGCGUAGUCUGGGACAAAAAUCUGUUUCGGCCGCCCCCCGCCGUCAGGUCGGAUCCGCUUCCCUCAAAAUGGAAGGCAAGUAUUUUGGAUUCAUGAAAGGAAGCAAGUUCUCCUUCGAUGACGAAUGGGAGGGUGUUGAAAUUAUUUCUGAAGUCGCCAUUGAAAAGCGCCUGAACAAGGACGGUCUCCGUUACAAGAUGAAUCGUACCGAAAAGGAAGCCGACGAAGUCGGACGUCUCGCCGGACUCCCUGGAAUCACGCUCAAUCUCCCAAUUAUUGGAGAAACAUACUUGGGACCCCCCAAGGUGGCAUCCAUCUGGGAAGCUCUUGGAUUUACUGCGACUUCCAACAACGAAGCCCGCCAGCUCGAAAAGAUGAAGGCAAUUGAAGGCGCUCGUAACGCAAAGAAGGGUGUCCUCAACGGCCCCGGUAAAGAACAGCGCGGUGAGUGGCUCAAAAAGUACGGCUACCCACGCCUGGUCGGCUCGGGUGGUAUCUUUUACGCGGAUCAGCUCUCGACGGAUAAGGAACCCAUGGGCGGAUUCAACAUGGGAAAGUCCGGAAGUAUUUGGCCUGUUCCGGAUGUUGUCGAGGCGGGACAAUACGGUGGAGCCAAAGGCUGGGGCAUGAAGAAGAAAGGUCCGGCUGUGGACGGCCUUCCGGCCGAGAAACGCAUUUAAAUGGUGGCAACGCUAGUGCUCUUUCCUACACAAAUACUAUCCAGUCUAGAUAAUCGACAGUGCUGAUAAGCAACAAAGACACCUGCUCCUCACCACCCCAACCUGUAGUCAGCAAAAUAUAAGUUGUCUCGUCCCACAGUUGUGU